UCCUCUUUGGUAUCUGUGAAAAAAAGUGGAAAACUAAGUAAAGCUAAGUUUUCAGGGAAGCCUGAAUGCCUGGAGUUUUCUUAACAGAGCAGUCUAAAAGUGAAAGAAAAUGUACAGUCUUUCUUCAUAAACAGAAUUACUGAAAACAAGAAUGACUGCUACAAACUCUCAAGGUGGAAUGUCAUCUGAGCAGGGCAACACUAAGAGGUUCUGCAGAAAUCCAUUUUCCAGCAUAAAGUUUUUUGUAUUUUGCCAUGGACUUUUACAAUUGGCCCAGCUUUUGGUCUCAGGCUAUCUUAAAAGCUCAAUUUCAACCAUUGAGAAACGAUAUGGACUUUCCAGUCAGACCUCCGGAUUGUUAGCAUCUUUCAAUGAGGUUGGAAAUACAAUACUUAUAGUAUUUGUGAGUUUCUUUGGAAGCAGAGUACAUAGACCUCGUUUCAUAGGUGGUGGUGCUCUGAUUGCAAGUAUUGCUGGGUUCCUGAUGGCUUUACCUCAUCUCGUAACUAGUCAUUAUGAAUAUGAUCGCUCAUUUACAAAUGUUCCCCAAAAUCAAUCUGAUCCAAUCAGUACAACUGGAAAGGAAAAUGAACGGCAAACUGUUCUGGCAAUUAUGUUUAUAGGGCAGCUUCUUUUAGGAAUUGGAGGGGUGCCCAUCCAGCCUUUUGGAAUUUCAUAUAUUGAUGACUAUGCAAGUGAAAGAAACUCUCCACUCUACAUUGGUAUCCUAUUCUCAAUUACAGUUCUUGGUCCAGCUCUUGCAUUUAUGUUAGGAUCAGUUAUGUUGCGCUUUUAUGUUGACAUAGACAAGUUUAAAAAGGAUGAGAUUUUCUUAAAUCCUGGAGAUCCUCGUUGGGUGGGAGCCUGGUGGCUUGGUUUCAUUGUUGCUGCCAGUUUAGUUUUGAUCGCAUGUAUUCCAUAUUUCUUUUUCCCACGAGAAAUGCCAAAAGAGGCUGAUGUUCAAUUGUCAAACAAAAGAUCAAAGAAUAAAAUGAAAGAAGAAAGCACGAGAAACCAAACAUUACUGGAAUUCAUUAAAAGUUUUCCAGUGGUUUUGCUAAGGACAUUGAGGAAUCCAAUCUACCUUCUUGUUGUAUUAGCCCAAGUUAACUUGUCAGCCAUGGUUGCUGGACUGGCUACGUUCAUGGCAAAGUUUCAUGAAAGGCAGUUUAAUGUCACAGCAUCAUUUGCAAAUUUGCUAAUAGGGGGUGUAAAUAUUCCUGCAGCAGUAUUAGGCAUUGUGAUUGGAGGUGUAAUUAUGAAGAGACUCCAUAUGUCGAUCAAAGACUCUUCUUUUAUGUGCACUGUCGCUAUAUUUUUAUGCAUUGGACUAGCUAUUCCACUACUUUUUCUUGGCUGUGCCACUCAGAAGGUUGCAGGGGUCAAUUUUCAGUAUUCAAGUAAUUUGACUAACAAGAUUCCUGACUGUUAUGAAAAUUUAUCCUGCAACAAAGAUGAAUUUAAUCCUAUAUGUGGUGCUGAUGGUAUUGAAUAUAAAUCACCAUGUCUUGCUGGAUGUUCAAAACCAAAUGAUGACAACCAUAAUAUCAUUAAUUACACAGACUGCAAAUGCAUUUCUAAAAACUAUCAGGAAGGUUUAGCAAGACCUGGAACCUGUGGAAGCAGCUGCGCACACCUCCUAUUGCCGUUUAUGGUAUUUUCUGCAUUGACAGGCUUUGUAGCCUCAUUUGCCCAGACUCCUUCUUUUAUGAUGGUUUUAAGGUCAGUUUCACCAGAAGAUAAAUCUUUAGCGCUUGGCAUCCAGUUUAUGCUCUUCAGAAUUCUUGCUUGGAUGCCAGGACCAGUGCUUUAUGGAACUGCAAUAGAUUCUACCUGUCUUUCGUGGGAGCAAAAAAACAACCAGACAGCCUCAUGCUUAUAUUAUGAUAACGAUCUUUUUAGACACAGGUUCCUGGGACUUCAGAUCAUGUUUGACUGUUUUGCAUUUUUGUGUUUUCUAAUGACUUUUAUAAUCCUAAGAAAGUCAAAAAAUGAACCAAUAGAGCAGAAGAAAACAGAAGAAAUGGAAAAGGACAAAAUCCUUCAGCCUGAAAUGUGUAAGCUGAAACAUGAGCCUGUGCAUUCAAUUGAUGCUAAAGCUUGAGUAAAGUUAACCUGAGAAGGAAUGAUCAUCAAAGUCCAUCUUCCUCAUUCAGAUGACAAUUUCUUUAUUAUGUUUUCAUAAGUGAAAGGCUUUUAUUAAGAAUUAAACUGUACAAGUUCUCCAAAUAUUAAUAUUUGGCCAGAAAAAGAAAAUGUGAUCUGUUAAAGAGCUGAAAGUUGAAAACCUACCAGUGAAACACUGUGUGAACAUCAGAAAGACAUUUUAUCCAACUGUGUGUCCAUCUCCACCUCAUGAAAAAUGACUGGAGGAGUUCAACAGGAAGAAAUUGAAUUUCAGAGUUUGAUCUUCAGGUUGGCUGGCUUUGGAAGAUAAGGAUGUAAAUUUUCUACAUCGAUUUUGGAGAUAUUAUGUGAUGCCUUGUUAAUUGAAACAUAACACUACACAAUAGGUAAUAGACCACAUCUGAAAAAGAGCCAAGUGAUAUGAUAAUUGUUAAAAAGUAAUGUGAACUGAGCCGUCUUACUGCUGUGAAAUGUAUUGUACUGUUAGCAACAGACUCUUACUGUAGCAUACCUUAAAAACAUCCAUCAACCAUCUCAUCCACCAACACCUUUGACAAACAAGAACUCCACAAACAGAUGAAGCUCUAGAUGAGAUGCUUGUCCAUCACAUAGUACACUAAUCCAUACCUCCACUUCACACCAGGCCAUUUUAGAGCCUGAGUACCCACACUUAACCUAGGCAUUAUAGGGUUUGGAGAGAAAAAUAACAAAGAAGUUUUAGUUAAAGCUUUAUUUACACCUUUUAAAAUAAAAUGUAUGGACUGCAAUAUUUUAUAGUACAGUGUAUAUGUGUGAAGCUGGCAUAUUUUCAUAGCUGCAUCUGCUUACUGUGUUUAAGAGGGCAAUAAAUUCCAUAUAUGAUGUUCAUGAGUAUACAUAAUUAACUGAAAAGAAAUUAUGACAUGCUUAUGUUAGUGUGUAGAAUUUUGUUUAUUUUUACAGACAUAUCCUUAUGUAUUUUUGUAUUAUAUGAAAAAUAUAAUUCAACAGUGUUUCUUGUAUUUCCAAAAGAUUUGAAAUCCACAAUGAAUAUAUAAACUUUGGUCAUGUCAGCAAUAUUAUGUCAAUAUUUUAACCUCUUUUAGGUGUUCUUUGUAUAAAACAAUGAAAGACUAAAUAUGUCUGAGGCUAUGAUAUGUAACAUUGAACACAGCACUGGUUUAUUUUUUCGUUAGUAAAAAUGAUCAACUAAGAUAUUAUAAGAAAGAGUUUCCCUAUGUAUGUCUGACCUUUAUAAAUUGUUCAAAAGUAGCCAAAUCUGGUUAUACUGUAUAUAUAUGCAGUAUUUUUUUUACAACUAAAAAAUAUACUCUUAAUGCAACACUUUCAUAAAGUCAGAUUUCAGGUGCAACCAGUUCAUUGCUUAGCAUGAUUACCAGUGUUGGAAACUCAAAAAUAUAAAAAGUACAAUAAUGAGAAUUAAAGUUACAAUACUGGUGACACUAUGUUG